ACUAGACUAGGUAUAAAUAGUAGUACUAAGUUUAAAAUGAAUACCAGUUAACGUUUACUAUUGGAACUACACGGUUUCACGAGUUGAAGAAAUUUUUGACAAAAAAAAAUAUUACAAGAUGAAAUUCUUGCUUUUGGCUAUCUUUGUUUGCUUUGCGCUCUUCAUGGCUGUCAACGCCGUUCCCGUUGAGGAGGCAAUCCCAGAAGGUAUUGAGGGUGCUCACGACACAAUCGAAGCCACCGAUGAUAAGAGCGUGCUAUUGAAGAUUAAGUUGCUCAAGAAAUUGUUGUUCUUGGGUUAAUUUCAACGACAAGCUUUAUCACUCCAUUACCGUUAUUUGUUCCAACGACAAUUAACAAACUUUAGCCGUUAAAAACUAUAUCAGCCAUACUACACAACCACAAACGCCGUAUUUUCACGAUGUUUAUUUAAAAGUUUAUAAUAAUAUUAUAUUGAAAAAGAAAGUAUAUACAAAUAUCAGGGCAUAACUUCAAAUACUCUAAAUCAUAUGUUAUUUAUAAGAUACAAUAAAACAUAAAAAAUAAUAAAUUACAUUUAUUUGUAAAGUAUAAAUAUUUAAAUGCGUUUUCACUAUAUUAAAAUAUUUUAUUUUUUAUAAAUUAC